AUGGUUAAUGGGAGGUGUUCCAAGUUUUAUCCAGUGCCUUUCCGUGAAAAAACAUCCAUAGACAGUGCAGGUUUUCCCAGGUAUAAACGGUCGGAUAAUGGUCGUUCAACAACCAAGAGGAAUGUUAAUCUCGACAAUAGGUUUGUUGUCCCAUACAAUGCAACAUGGCUCCUUAAGUAUGGCUGCCACAUAAAUGUUGAGUAUACUUGCCAGACGUCUACAAUUAAGUAUUUGUUCAAGUAUGUCCACAAAGAUAAUGAUUGUGUCACAGCUUCAUUCUUUCGAUCACAUGAUUCAGCUGGUUCUGAUGUCACUGUUGAUGAAAUACAGAACUACUAUGAUUGUCGGUAUAUAUCUGCAUGUGAGGCAUCCUGGCGGCUAUUCGGCUUUGAGAUUCAGUACAAAGAGCCUAACGUCAUCCGCCUACCUUUCCAUCUUCCAAAUGAACAAAAUGUUCUGUACGAAGAUUACCAGCUUAUUGAGAAUGUUAUCGACGCUGCGGUCUCAAAGGACAGUAUGUUUAUUGGUUGGUUUAAGGCUAACAAGAAUUUUGAUCUGGCCCGUACGCUUACUUACGCGGAGAUGCCAUCACUUUUUGUUUGGGACAAGCGGGGGUAUAUGUGGAGGCCACGGAAGCAAGGGAACGUGAUAGGUCGACUCACACAUAUUCCUCACUCGCAUGGAGAGGAGUACUUCCUUCGUUUGUUAUUGAAUUAUCAAAAAGGGUGCCAGACAUUUGCUGAUGUCCAUUCGGUUGGUGGAAUUGUGUACGAUACAUUCAAAGAGGCCUGUUAUGCCCUAGGGUUAUUGCAGGAUGAUAGGGAAUUUAUUGAUGCACUUAAUGAAGCCAGUGCGUGGGCAUCGCCGAAUUAUAUCAGGAGGUUGUUUGCAAUGCUUUUGAUGUCGAACAACAUUGUGCGUCCUGACAUGGUGUGGGAGAAAUGUUGGCAACAUUGCGUGGACAACUCGCUUCUUUCUGGAAGACAUAACUUAGGUUUCCAGCGUUCUGUUUGUGAGAUUAAGUCCAUCACGCUUGCCAAAAUUGAGAAACUCUUACAGCCAAAUGGUCGGAGCCUGAAUGAAUUUCCUGACAUGCCGUUUCCUGAUUAUGCUGGUUUACCUGAACCUUCUGACACAAUUUUUUUCGACGAGCUUAAUUUCGACAGGACAGAAUUGGCGAGUAUCGCCGUGGAUUUGAUUUCCCGGUUGAAUCGGGACCAGUGUGUAGCGUUUGACACAAUAGCAACUGCAGUUCGUCAUGACACUGGUGGUUUCUUCUUUGUGUGUGGUUAUGGUGGAACUGGUAAGACCUUUCUAUGGAAUGCACUGUCUGCUUCGAUAAGGUCUACGGGUGAUAUUGUCCUCAAUAUUGCAUCUAGUGGCAUUGCAGCUUUGUUGUUGCCUAAUAGACGAACUGCUCAUUCAUGCUUUAAGGUUCCGCUCAGUGUUAACCAAGACUCUAUUUGUAAUAUCAGGCAAGGCACACCCCUCGCGCGUUUUAUUUCAUCUGCAAAAUUAGUUAUAUGGGACGAAGCACCUAUGUUAAAUAAAUUUUGCUUCGAAGCGCUGGACAAAUGUCUUAAGGAUGUUCUUCGAUUUGAUCGUGGAUAUAAUCCUCAUGCUCCAUUUGGUGGGAAAAUUGUUGUUCUAGGAGGUGAUUUCCGUCAAAUUUUGCCUGUGAUUCCUCGUGGUUCCCGGGAAGAGAUCGUUCAUUCGUGUAUUAAUGCUUCAAACCUGUGGCAAUCUUGCCAAGUGUUGCAGUUAACUGAAAACAUGAGACUUUCCCGUGGUUCACGAGAUAUACACGGUGUACAAUUGAAGGAAUUUGCUACAUGGUUGCUUCAUGUUGGUGACGGGUUAAUUGGAGACAAUACCGAUGGCGAAUCAGUAAUUAGAAUACCUGACAACUUGCUGCUUAAUGUUGAGUCUGCUUGUCUGCAUGAUUUGGUGUUGUUCGUUUAUCCUGACAUCUUACUCUAUUCUUCUAGCGUGGAUUAUUUUAAGGGUAGGAGUAUAUUAGCACCAACACUUGAUGUCGUAACUGAAGUAAACAAUCAUGUGAUGUCUUUGAUCCCUGGCAACAAGAGGGUAUACUUGAGCUCUGAUACCCUAAUUAGUGAAGAUGGUCACCUGGAAUCUGAAUUAUAUACAAUGAGCACCGAGUCAUUGAAUGCUAAAUUGUUCAGGGAUUCCCCAACACCGGUUAGUUCUUAA